CUCGCUUAGCCGAGUUUUCUGUGGGUUUUUGGUUUUCCAACCCUCCCGUCGACUAAGGUAGCGUGAAUCUCGAAACCCUCCGAGCGCCGUGGUGCGAUACCCUUCGUCUGUCUUUUUUACAACACUCAGAUAGACCCGACUCGCAAACAUGGCUGUUGGAAAGAACAAGCGCCUGUCAAAGGGCAAGAAGGGUAUCAAGAAGAGAACCGUCGACCCCUUCACCCGUAAGGACGAGUACUCCGUCAAGGCCCCCUCGACCUUCCAGACCCGCGAUGUCGGCAAGACUCUCGUCAACCGUACCAGCGGUCUGAAGAACGCCAACGACUCUCUGAAGGGCCGUAUCUUCGAGGUCUCCCUCGCCGACCUCCAGAACGAUGAGGACCACUCCUUCCGCAAGGUUAAGCUCCGCGUCGACGAGAUCCAGGGCAAGAACUGCCUGACCAACUUCCACGGUCUGGACUUCACCACCGACAAGCUGCGCUCCCUGGUCCGCAAGUGGCAGUCUUUGAUCGAGGCCAACAUCACCGUGAAGACCACUGACGACUACCUCCUCCGCCUGUUCGCCAUUGCCUUCACCAAGAGACGCCCCAACCAGAUCAAGAAGACCACCUACGCCCGCUCGUCUCAAAUUCGCGCCAUCCGCAAGAAGAUGACCGAGAUCAUUCAGCGUGAGGCCGCCAGCUGCACUCUGUCGCAGCUCACCCACAAGCUCAUCCCCGAGGUUAUUGGCCGUGAGAUUGAGAAGUCCACCCAGGGCAUCUACCCCCUCCAGAACGUCCACAUCCGCAAGGUCAAGCUCCUCAAGUCCCCCAAGUUCGACCUGGGUGCUCUGCUUGCCCUCCACGGCGAGUCUGCUACUGAUGACAAGGGCCAGAAGGUUGAGCGGGAGUUCAAGGAGCAGAUCCUCGAGACUGUUUAAGGGUGUUUUGAUUUUGAAGGGGUGUCAAAUACUGGUCAACCAUGGCAAUUGUUGUCUUCUGAUCAUAGGAAACAAAAAAAGUUCAUGACAUGUAUGACAGAUUUUGCAUCACCCGCACGGGGGUUCGGUUGUCCCGGUAGGUGACCAGUCAAACCAGGACAGCCAAAAAUUCAAAUUAGUUUGCAACGAUUCGACUCUUUUCUUAUGUAUUCUGCAUUGAAACUCACGUAGUCAAGUCUCGAGACCUCUUUCUUUUAAGCGACA